AUGGUAUCCUACAGGAAGUGCCUGGCCUGCCUUCUUGUUGCAGGUGCCAUCUCCCCAGCCGUCUUUCUGCUCUCGGUCCUUAUCCAGUACGCUGGAACCGUGUUUCCUCCUGGGAUCGAUCAACCCCUGAAGGCCCGCAUCUGCCAGACGAUGUUCGUCACAGGGUUAAUUUUGGUAUGUGUUGAAGGGAGAGCAACAGGAUGCAUGACAACACUGAAAUGCAAACUCUGCCUCACAUCCACAUACAAAAGGCACAGAGCCUGGGUUGUCACACCACGAUGCCCAUUCUUUCAUUCUGAAGGACCCUCUACCUGCUGUGGGUACCAUGCGGGUUUAGGAAUACCAACUCUCUGCAGUAAAAUAUUAAGGUGGUCUCCCAAAAUUAAAUUCUCCUCUUCUGUGCUUUGCCAACAGGGAAUUAUUUUAGAGGAGCUGGGUUUGUGCAGCAUCCUUGAUGUCUUACGGCUUUGGACUACCGGAGUACCUCCGUGUAGGGAUCCGUCCCUUGUCAUUCAGAACCAGAAAUUUGAUGGGGUGCCAGUGAGGAUCUACUCGUCCAGAACGGUGCCAACUAGGAAAAGAAAAGCUGUGCUUUACUUCCAUGGAGGAGCGGGCGUUUUCGGAAGCAUCGAUGCCUACGAAAGAGUCCUGCGCCACAUGGCCAAAGAGGGGGAUGCAACCGUGGUGGCGGUUGGGUAUGGACUUGCGCCAGAGAAUCCUUAUCCAAACCAGUAUACUGAAUGUCUGAAGGCUGCUGUCUACCUCAUGAAACACGCAGAAGAUUAUGGCAUAGACGGUUCCCGUAUUAUCAUUUCCGGAGACAGUUGUGGAGCUAAUUUUGCCACACGCGUUUGCCAGUUACUGGUAGACCGCAGAGACCUUCCCAAGGUCCAUGCUCAAGCGCUGAUCUACCCAGGACUUCAGGCCAUGGAUUUGUCUUUGCCAUCCUAUCAGCAGAACUGCAGAAGUCCCCUCUUGUGGAGAAAAAUUGUUGCCUACUUUUGCUGCCGCUACCUUAACAAGCCAACUUCCUUUAUAAAUGAUCUUCUGAAGAGCAGCCAUGUCCCCAAGGCCACCCGACUGAAGUACCAGAAGUGGGUGAAUGCCAACAACAUCCCCGAACAGUUCAAAGUCAGGGGCUACACAGAACAAGACCACUCUUUGUCUAAUUUUAACCCUCAGCUGUAUGAAGAAAUGAAAGAGAUGCUGUCAGAGACUUUUUCCCCUUUGCUGGCUGAAGAUGAGGUCGUCUGCAAGCUCCCUCAGACCUUCCUUUUGACCUGCGAGUUUGAUGUCCUUCGAGACGACGGGCUGCUGUACAUGAAGCGGCUGAUGGACAAUGGUGUGCCAGUAACCUGGAGCCAUGUUGAGAAUGGCAUGCAUGGAAUAAUGCCCCUUUUUGGCUAUGGCAUCCUGUCCUUUCCUUCAGCAAAAAGGGCUGCCCAUGAUGUCACCGAUUUUAUCAGACGCUUGUGAGGCCAAAAUGAAACCAAGAG